AUGAUACUGCGUGACUAUCCAACAGACCCCAUCAAAACCCUUAUCAACUCUGGUGCUACCUCCAAUUUUAUAUCACCUUCUUUAGUAGAAAAAUUAAAAAUUCCAAAAACCCAGCUUGAAAAUCCACAAGUUGUGAGAAUGCUAGAUGGUACAAUAUCCCAAACUGGCAGCACCUUGGCUAUACUUGGUAUGACAUGGCUUACAAACAAAUCCCCUUUGAUCAAUUGGCAACAGGGUUUAAUCACUUUCCCUGAACAAGUUCAGAUUGCCUCCAAAGAAGAAGCCAAUUCAGACCCCCUUGCAAACCUCCCCACACAAUACCACAAAUUUGCAAAAGUGUUUGGGGAAGAGGAGUUCAAAAUGCCAAACUUACCCCUGGACCAAUAUGGCAUGACCAACGCAAAAUCCAAAGCGCUCAAGCAACAUAUUGACAAGGAGCUAGCCACGGGCAAAAUCCGCCCCAGCACCUCAUCCGCUGGCACCCCGGUCAUGUUUGUCAAAAAGGUGGAUGGAUCAUUAAGACUAGUUGUGGAUUAUAGGAAGCUGAAUGACGUCACCCACAAGAACGUCUAUCCUCUUCCCAGGCAGGAUGACCUUAUGGCCAAAUUACAGAAUGCCAAGCUGUUCACAAAGCUGGAUUUGCAAUGGGGCUACAACAAUGUGCGCAUCAAGGAAGGCAAUGAAUGGAAAACCGCCUUUAGGACCAAAUACGGCCUUUUUGAGUACUUAGUCAUGCCUUUUGGUCUUACCAAUGCCCCGGCGGCUUUUCAACACUUCAUGAACAACCUAUUCCAGGAUUUAAUUGACGUCACAGUGGUAAUUUACUUGGAUGAUAUCUUAAUUUUCUCAGAAGACCCCAAGAAACACCCAGAACAUGUGAGGGAAGUCCUCUUGCGGCUAAUGAAAAAUCAGCUGUUCUGCAAAUUAUCUGAGUGCCACUUCCACCUCACUACAGUCAAUUAUCUUGGCAUUGUCAUAUCCCCAGCAGGCUUCUCUAUGGAUCAGAAGAAGACCAAGGUGGUCACAUCAUGGCCCCAACCCAAAACGGUCAAACAGGUCCAGGCCUUUUUGGGUUUUGUCAAUUACCUUUGGCAAUUCAUCCCCAAUUUCAGUUCAGUAGCACGUCCCCUCCACAACCUCACCAAGAAGGAAACCCUAUGGUUGUGGGGCACGCCAGAAGAACAAGCAUUCCAGGAACUCAAGGCAUUGGUAACUAAGGCACCAGUCCUCAUCCACUCCAACCCAGAUCUCCCCUAUUACCUUGAAACAGAUGCAUCAGGGGUAGCAAUGGGGGCCAUACUCAGUCAAAGAGGAUCAGAUAACCGGUUACAUCCAAUUGCCUACAUGUCCAAAUCCUUCUCAGGCGCCAAGGCAAAUUAUGAUACCCACAACAAGGAACUCCUAGCCAUCAUCAAGGCCCUGGAGGAAUGGCAAAUAUUCUUAGAAGCAACAGACAAACCAAUCCAGGUUUUCACAGAUCACAGAAAUCUGGAAUAUUGGAUGCAAGCCAGAACCUUCAACCAGAGACACGCCAGAUGGCGCAUCUUCCUGAGCAAUUUCAAUUUCAAAAUCCAUUAUUGCCCAGGAAAGCAAUCAGGGAAACCAGAUGCCUUGUCAAGAAGAGCGGACUAUGUAGAAGCUACCCAGGAACCGGAAGUCAUGUUACCAGCCAAGGUAUUUGCCAACACAUCAGAAGCAGAACUUGAGAUAGUCACAGAUAUCCAAGCCAAGCUCAGGGAGGAUCCAUCACUUGAGUCCAUCAUCAAAUUCCUCACAGAAGACACAGAAGACGCCCCCAUGUCAAUCCAAAAAGCCUAUAAAGACUACAACUGGGAGUGUUAUGGAUAUGACAUUUCUUCUUUAAUCUGUACUUAUUUUAUUAAUUUCACUAGUAAUCCUACAGUAAACAAAUGA